AUGGCUGCUAGAGCCCAAAGGCCUAAAGAGCUCCUGCCUAGAAAAUCCACACUCAAGAGAAACCUUAUGAAUGCCUACAAUGUGGAAAGGCUUUCACACAGAAGGGCCAUCUUGGUGCACAUCAGAGAAUCCAUACUGGAGAGAAACCUUAGGCUUUCACUGCUAGCUCCCAUCUUGCCAAACAUCAGAGAAUCCACACUGGAGAGAAACCGUACGAAUGUAAAAGUUGUGGAAAGGCCUUCACACGUAGGGGCAGUCUUUUUGAACAUCAGAGAAUGCAUACUGGAGAGAAACCUUAUGAAUGUAAAUGUUGUGGAAAGGCCUUUACACGGAGGGGUGGUCUCGCUGAUCAUCAGAGAAGCCACACGGGAGAGAAACCUUAUGAAUCUCUACUGUUCCAUUUCCACUCUGCGAAUCCUACUCCCUGCUGCUAACGUGUCCUCCCUCUCCGGCUUGUCUCUGCGGCGGCAAACGGGGCGGGAGAGGGUCGCUUCCUCGGGUCUGCUCGAUCGCUCAUCCUCUGUAUGUGCACGCAGACACAGGCGUGCGAGGGCAUACAUGUCGUCAGACUAG